CAGUCUAUGUGAGGGAAGUGGUUGGCGGCGCACAACAUAAACAAGCCUGGCGUUAUGGAGGCUCGCACCGCUGCUCCACCGGGAGAAAUACAUUUACUCUGAGCUUCACCUGGCUUCCUCUACCGGCUCCAUGCCCCUGAGAGGAGCGUCAGCCAGCAGGGCGGCCUAGACUACACAUGUGUCCCUGCUGACAGGCAUGGAGUUACCAGAUGAAGUAGUGUCUCCACCUGGCCGGACUGCAGACAGCCUGGCCAAGCAGGCAGCACGUAGCCUAGCCAACCAGUUAAUCCAGACCACCCUGCCGGCAAUCACCAAGUAUUGGGAGGGCAAUAUUAAACCUAAAGAAAAUGUUAAAUCCCCUAGAAAGAAGUUCCCCAGCAAGAGAACACUAAUCAAACACCUGCAGAGUGUUCAAGAAUGGUAUCAAAACAAUGAGUCUCUCGCAGCCCAUGGGUCAUACCUGCGGCAGCUAGUGAGUGUAGCAUGUGCAGAAGCCUUACUCCUCCUGGUGGCCAAGGAUGACUGUGAGCUACUCUUCUUGCUUACCCUGCAGCUCAUGUUCUGUCAAGAAGCAGGCUUUUUCAGCCAGAGCAGAAAGUUCUAUGAUGCAAGGGUAAGUCGAAGCUAUGCUGAGUUCCUACAGUUUUUUGUCCCCUUUGAGAUAGAAUCACUCUACACAACUUGCAUCAACUUUCAAAACCAAAUGCCCAUUGUCAUCCUCAUCAAGAACUCUCCAUACUUGAAGGACAUCCAUCUAUACAAGAAUCUGAGUGAUCAUGUACUUACACAGUUGCGCAAACACUGCCCAGACAUUGAGACCAUUACACUGAGUGGACAUAAUGUGGUUAGUGAACAGUAUCUCUUUCGUACCUUCUUCAGUGGUAUGGACAAGGAGCAAGUGGUGCAGCUAAUUGAUGAAAAAGAUCAGAUGAAGGUUACAUUCCCUAAGUUGAAGAGACUCAACAUGCUUAUGGACUUACAUUGUGAUGAUGUCAUGUUCUAUAUACAGCAUUAUUACACGGACAUCAAGACAACCUGGACUAAGUGUGUUGCUGAGAACCGGCUUUCCCCGCUUUUGCUUAGCUCCCUCAUUGGCCCACCCUAUUGCCUCAAAGGCAAAGGUGACUUUUACCUUGAUAUCUUGGAGCUUACUAUCAGGAAGAACACAUUGGAAAGGUGGACAUUCCAAGAACCACCAGUUUUCUUCCCUAUAGUGAAGCAUGUGUCAAUUUUUCACUCCUUCCAUGGUGUUGAACCACAAGAACUUGGUGCCAAGAUUAAGGACAUUGUGGAGCGUUUGCGAUGCACCAGUUUCUCACACUCUGCACCUCCUGUAGAGGACUUGGACACCCUCACUGUUUGUGUGCCAACCUUAGAGACAUUUGGGGCACCCUUUAGUGAAAUGCACCUCAGUACUUUUGAGGUUGUUGAUGCUAAGAUACUCUUCCAGUGCCUCAACCUGUGUCCCAAUCUUAAGGUAUUCUCAGUGAACGCUUCCCGCAUUGAAAUGAACAGUGACUGUCCCUUCAAAGCACUCAACACCCUCACCAAAUUGAAUGCACUGGGAAUGAGUGUCAAAUCAAUGGAUAGAUGUGAUGUGUCUUGUCUCACUUAUCUGAUAAAUGCAGCACCCAAUCUGAGGACCAUAGAGCUCUUUGGGGCAAACUUACAGAAUGUGGUGCAUGAUCUGGCACUAUCAGGGGUCCUCUCUAAAAUAAAAAUAAUCUCUCUCCACAAGAGCAUAUCAUGGUUUACUGAAGAGGACUUAGAAUAUUGUAUAUCCCUGGGCAAGAAUAUGGCUUCUCUCUCUGUCAUGAUGCUGAAUCCAAUACUUAAACAAACACUGUACCAAAUAAAAAAUUACUUUGCCAAUACACAGCUCAAGGUGAUCCAUAGGUAUAAAAUGCUCAUCAGUUAGGAGUGAAUACUGUUGCAUGAUAAAUUGAAUAUGUAUAUAAAUGAGUGCUUGAAGAAUUGUUAGGUUGAUAUUUUUGAAGUAAAUUAAUUUAACAGAGUGAUUGAAUUACAAUGAAUGCAGGAAAGGAGUCUGGAGAAUGUUGGAAAACUGUUUUUACACACACACACACACACACACACACACACACACACACACACACACACACACACACACACACACACACACACACACACACACACACACACACACACACACACACACACACACACACACACACACACACACAUUCAUGUGUAUGGACA